AUGGCAGACCCUUCUCGGCCCGUCACCGGCUACCCAGCCCCGCCCUACGCCCAGCCCUACCCCGCCAACAACGGCCAGCCCAACGGCUCCUACCCCAACUACCCAGUCUACCAGCGUGGCCCCUACAACGCGUACACCGCACGCUCCGCCUUCGUCCGCCGCUUCGUCAUCGCCAUGGUCUUCCUCUUCGUCAUCAUCGGCUCCCUCCUCCUCAUGAUCUGGCUCAUCCUCCGCCCCAAGAUCCCCGACUUCCGAGUCGACUCGGUCACCGUCACCAACCUCAACGUCUCCUCCUCCCGCCAGUCCCUCACCGGCACCUGGUCCGUCGGCUACGACGUCUUCAACCCCAACAAGAAGAUGACCAUCGAGUACGACGAGAUCGCCUCCUCCGUCUUCUACCGCUCCGGCUUCAUUUCCGAGACCCGAAUCCCGCCGUUCCGGCAGGGGAAGAGAGUCCGCAGCGCCGUGAACGCGACCUUCUCGGCGGCGAACUCGUUCGUCGACGACUGGGUGGCGAGAGGGAUCAAUGAUGACAGGGCGGCGCGUGGGGCGGUGAGUUUCAAUAUCAAGCUGCUGGCUAGGGUUCAGUUCCGGAAGGGCGGGUGGAGGCUGAGGCGGCGGCUGCUAAGGGUGCUGUGCCGUGACGUGCCGGUUACGAUUUCGAAUAAUGGGACCGGGACGAUGACCGGCGGAGGUAGAGAUUGCGGCGUUGCUGUCUGA